UAUCACGUGCAGCGAACGUGGCAAACUCUCGUCCUCUAUGAAACCGACCUCACCAUCGAUCAAUCCCCAGAAGAAAGAACAAGUCGAAUUGGAUCAAUCCGCCGAUAGAAGCUCCGGCGCUCACCAUCGGUCAUCGGUCGAUCACCAGAAACGCAGGAGAGGGGGACGAGAGAGAGAGAGAGAGAGAGAGAGAUGACGGUGGUUCUGAAGGGAGUCGGGGCGCCGAAGACGGUGCUGAUAACCGGGGUGAGCCGUGGCCUCGGGAGGGCCCUCGCCCUGGAGCUCGCCAAGCGCGGGCACGCCAUCAUCGGUUUUGCACGCUCCCAAGAGAAGAUCCAGGGCCUCCUGGCUGAGCUGCCAUCCGACGACCCCGCCCCCUCCUCCUCCCCUUCCAAGCACCUCAUCAUCCAAGCCGACAUUAGGUCGGAUACCAGCAUCAAGGAGUUGGCAAGGCUUGUCGUGGAGACGAGACGGGUGCCCGAUAUCAUAGUAAAUAAUGCAGGCACAAUAAACAAAAAUAAUAAAAUAUGGGAAGUACCAGCAGAGGAAUUUGAUACAGUGAUAGAUACUAAUAUUAAGGGUGUUGCAAAUAUACUCCGGCACUUCCUGCCACUUAUGAUAGAAAAGAAGCAGGGAAUUAUUGUUAACAUGUCUUCUGGUUGGGGAAGAUCAGCAGCUGCAGAGGUGGCACCCUAUUGUGCUUCAAAAUGGGCAAUUGAGGGUCUGACACGGUCUGUUGCAAAAGAGUUGCCUCCUGGUGUGGCAGUUGUUGCACUUUCUCCUGGUGUGAUAAACACUGAAUUGCUUGCCUCAUGCUUUGGGAGUUCUUCUGCCCUAUAUCAAACACCUGAAUCAUGGGCCCCAAAGGCAGCUACAUUUAUACUAAAUCUCACAGUGGAAGAUAAUGGUGCUUCACUCACCGUGUGAUGACAGCAUGGCCAACUCCAUCAUUACCCCCCUGACAGCAGGGCUAACUCUGACAUUUUAAUUGCAAUCUCAGGGAACUCCAAAUGAUUCUUUCAUAACUAAUGUUUUGUGGAUUUGGUGUUACUCACAUUCUUGAGUUGUGAAACCACUGGCAUUUUGAUAAUUUGUGGAACACAUUAUUGAUGCAGACAAAAGAAAUGUAGACUUAGCCUGUAAUCCUUUAAGCAUGGAAAUAUCUGGCUGACAGCAGGUACAAACAAAAAUUUGUCCCUGUCCAUUAUGAUGUUAACUUUAGACUUUGCAAUGAACUGAUGGGGACCUGUACUUUCAAAGAGACCCUAAAUCCCAGAACCAUAUAUUCUAGUAAAUUCUAGUUAAGGAUAGACCUGUACUUUCGAGAAAUUUUAUGAAGUUUGCAGGAAUGUAUGUCCAUCGGUCGAAGGCAUAAUAAUAUGCCAUCAUCAAAGUUGAUUGCUAUUUUCCAGAGGGUUGUACAUACAAGGUGGUGUGAUCCUUCAUAUAUGUUUCCCAUGCCGCCUCAUGGGUAUGCACAGCGACAGCUCGGGGAAAGAGUGGAGCAGACGGAUUGCAUGAAAUUUAUUUGCUUGGAUCCUGUUUGUAAAUUAAAAUUCUCCAUCAGUUGGAGGAUGCUGAUUUUGUGUCCUCUCUCUGUGCUUGUGUAACUAUAUGCUACUGCAUUUACAGGGGACGAGGUAUCCACUAUUUUAAAAAUAAAAAGGAGGGAUCCUUCUCUA